AUGGAGAUGGCUAGGCUGCUAAAGUUGAUGUUCAUAUUUUGUAUUGCCGGUCUGAUUCCGACCACACGAGCCAAUUUAUCUGAGUUGGACGAGUAUUGGUCGCAACGAGCCGACGAAGCCCGAGAAUUCACUCUUCAAGCUUAUCAUCCUGAUCCUUACGAAAUCGUCGAUCACUUUCACGAACGUCACUACGACAACUCUACUGAUGUUAUCACGAUCGGGGAAGAUGGCGUCGCUAAGCCUGAGGAAGAUGGCGUCGCUAAGCAUGAGGAAGAUGACAUCGCUAAGCAUGAGGAAGAUGACAUUGCAAAGCAUGAGGAAGAUGACAUCGCAAAGCAUGAGGAAGAUGGCGUCGAUAAGCCAGAUGAUGACGAUGACGUCCGUAAGCAUGAUGACGAUGACGUCUCUAAGCCUGAAGAGGCGGAGAAUGAGGUCAUUGAAAUGGUCGGAAGCUCUACAAACAACACGAGACGGAGCCUAAGAGGUAGAGGCCGAGGAAAAUGGAGUAAGCUCAAGGGACCGUGUACCGCAAGCAACCCGAUAGACAAAUGUUGGCGUUGCCGUACGGAUUGGGCAAACCGUCGUAAGAAGCUUGCCAAGUGCGUCCGUGGAUUCGGACACAGGACGACAGGAGGAAAACGCGGACGCAUCUACGUGGUUACAAGCAACCUCGACGAGGACAUGAUAAACCCUAAACCAGGGACAUUGCGUCAUGCCGUGAUUCAGAAGGAACAUCUAUGGAUCAUUUUCAAGAACGAUAUGAGCAUUCGUUUGAAACAAGAGCUUCUGAUUGCUAGCGACAAGACGAUCGACGCGCGUGGAUCUAAUGUCCACAUCGCACAUGGCGCAGGGAUCACGAUGCAGUUUGUGAGAAACAUCAUCAUCCAUGGACUCCACAUCCACCACAUUUCCGAGGGUAGCGGUGGUAUGAUCCGAGACUCGGUUCACCAUUUUGGAUUUAGAGGUAGAGCCGAUGGAGACGGUAUAUCGAUCUUUGGUUCGUCCGACAUUUGGCUCGACCAUAUUUCAAUGUCGAAAUGUCAAGAUGGACUCAUUGACGCCAUUGUUGGAUCCACUGGCAUUACAAUCUCCAACUCUCACUUCACUCACCACAACGAUGUUAUGUUACUUGGUGCACAAAACACUAAUGAAGCUGAUAAGAAGAUGCAAGUCACAGUGGCUUAUAACCAUUUUGGUAAAGGACUUGUUCAGAGAAUGCCAAGAAUCCGAUGGGGAUUUGUUCACGUUGUGAACAAUGACUACACUCACUGGGAGCUUUACGCGAUCGGAGGUAGUCAGGGACCGACGAUUCUCAGCCAUGGAAACCGAUUCAUAGCUCCACCACACAAACCUCAUUACAGAGAGGUGACAAAGAGAGAUUAUGCACCGGAACACGAGUGGAAACACUGGAACUGGAGAUCUGACAAAGAUAUAUUUAUGAACGGAGCUUAUUUCAGACAAUCUGGGAAUCCUCAUUACAAAUGUGAUCACACGAGGCAACAGAUGAUCAGGCCGAAGCAUGGAUCGGCGGUUUCUAAGCUGACCAAAUACGCCGGAGCACUUGAUUGCAGAGUCGGAAGACGCUGUUAG